ACUGUAUACGGAAAAAUGUAUUCUAUUCGCGUCUCUCCUCCAGGACCUCAUCGCUUCGCCUUCUUCGCGGGUCCAAAGCCAUCACUUUGCGGCGAGCGCGUGAGCGCGAGGAGAUCAGCGAUGCCUUCUCCGAUCCAAAACCCUCGCUUCCUCCUCUACCACCGCUGCCUCCCCCUUCAUUUCCCGCCAAACCCCUUCCCCUUCCCGCCAAAUCCCCGCCGCCUCCUCCACCGCUCCACCGCCGCGCUCUCCCCCCAGCCCGCCCCCGCACCCCAAACCCUAACUUCCGCCGUGCCUCCCUCCUCCGAGAUCCUCUCCAUCCGCGAAUCCCUCCUCUCCCGCCGGAAGACGGCGGCGGAGAUCGCCGCUGAGUACCUCGACCGCCUCCGCCGCACCGAACAGCAGCUCCGGAGCUUCCUCCACGUCUCUGAGACGGCGAUGCGGGAAGCGGAGGAGGUGGAUGGGUUGGUGGAGAGUGGGGCGGAGCUGGGACCGCUCACCGGGGUUCUGGUUGCCGUGAAGGAUAACAUUUGCACCGCCGAUAUGCCGUCGACCGGUGGGUCAAGGAUUCUGGGCAGUUAUCGGCCGGCUUUUGAUGCCACGGCGGUCAAGAGAUUGCGGGAGGCCGGAGCGAUUAUAGUUGGGAAGACUAAUUUGGACGAGUUCGGGAUGGGGAGCACCACCGAAAGCUCGGGCUUCCAGGUUACUACAAACCCUUGGGAUGUCUCACGGGUCCCUGGAGGAUCAUCAGGGGGUUCAGCUGCUGCUGUCUCGGCUAGACAAUGCGUAGUAUCUCUUGGAAGUGAUACUGGUGGUAGUGUGAGGCAGCCGGCAUCUUUUUGUGGUGUUGUCGGAAUGAAACCAACGUAUGGGCGUGUCUCUCGAUUUGGGCUCAUGGCUUAUGCAUCAUCAUUGGAUGUUAUUGGAUGCUUUGGUUCUUCAGUCGUUGACGCUGCCAUUCUUCUAUCUGCAAUAUCUGGUCAUGAUAGAUUAGAUGCGACUAGCAGUAAGCAUGAGGUUUCUGACUAUGCAUCUCAGUUGGUUUCACUUGAUCAUUUGGAGUCUAAACCUUUAAAGGGACUAAGAGUUGGGGUGAUUCGGGAAACUAUUGGAGAAGGUGUGGACCUAGGAGUGAUGUCCUCUGUUCAAGCUGCUGCUUCACAUUUGGAACAGCUCGGAUCCAUAGUCACAGAGGUAUCAUUGCCUUCAUUUUCGCUUGGUUUACCAGCCUACUAUAUCUUGGCUUCAUCAGAGGCAUCUUCUAAUUUGUCACGCUAUGAUGGUGUAAGGUAUGGAUACCAGGCAACAGCUGAUGAAUUAAGUUCUCUCUAUGGUGAUUCCCGAGCUAAUGGGUUAGGUCCUGAGGUCAAGUUGAGAAUUUUGAUGGGAACAUAUGCUUUGUCUGCUGGAUACUAUGAUGCAUAUUAUAAGCGUGCCCAGCAGGUGAGGACACUGGUUCGGAAAAGCUUCAAGGAUGCAUUGGAUAAAAAUGACAUUCUCAUUUCACCUGCAGCACCAUCAGCUGCUUAUAAAAUAGGUGAAAAGACCAAUGAUCCACUAGCCAUGUAUGCAGGCGAUAUCAUGACUGUAAAUGUAAACUUGGCUGGGCUGCCUGCAUUGGUAGUACCUUGUGGGUUUGUUGAAGGUGGACCUGCUGGCCUUCCAGUUGGCCUUCAGAUGAUCGGUGCUGCCUUCCAUGAGGGCAAGUUGCUGAGGGUUGGCCAUAUCUUUGAGCAGACGCUUCAGAAUCACAGAUUCAUUCCACCACUGUUAGCAGAAACCUAGGCUGCGGAUGGUUUUAUUGCCAUAUGGAGAGGGAAGUUUCAGUAUUUCAUGGCAUAUUGAUGGAUCAAAGUAUGCAUGUGGUAUACACUGGUGAUGCUUUUUGCUUGUUGGGGCUCUUUAGCAUAUCAAAUUUUGUGUAUUUUUUACAUUUUUUUUUAUUUGCUCUCCUUUUAUUUUAAAUGUAUAUCAAUUACUCUCUCGCGCUAUAUCAAUUACUCUCUCUCUCUCUCGCGCGCGCGCGCUAUAUGCGGCGCACAUAUGGUCUCUCUCUCUCUCUGGUUGAGAAUGACCAUUAACUGUAUCCACAUGGGUUCCUCAGAACGAACCAUAUAACUGAUAUUGUCAUCAAUCUUCUGUUGCUUUACUGUGUAAUAUUUGCAAUGACUAAGCUACAAUGCAAUUUCUUCAGUAAA